AUGAAAACUUCUAAUUCUUUACCAAAUUUUACUCCAGAUUUGGAUAAAUCGUAUGAGAUUGUUAAUCCUGUUGAAAAUAAAAUAAUUCAAAAAAGUUUUAUUGACGAGGAGGAUGAAGAUGAUAAUUUAUCAUCAGAUGAUGAUUUGUCUACUACCUCAUCUGAAUCAAGUGAUUACACUGGAAAAUUAAUAGAGGGUAAUAAAGCUGAUACCCCUUCUCAGAGGAUAGCCAAAGUUCGCGACUUUAAACGAAAAAACAUUUCAUCACUUACUUCAUUCCGUGUUAUAUAUAUGGGAGAAGAUGUACCAAAUACUUGUAAACAUGGUGUAUUCUCUAAAUUAUGUGAAAGUCUUGGUCAAUAUUUUUUGGAUGAAGUAAAAAAACCAAUAACACAAGAAAUCAGCGAUGAAAAACGUUAUGUAUUAUGCCCUGCAACAAAUCUACCUAUGCCUAAUAAUACUGUUUAUGAAUAUUAUACAGAUAGUGGGGUAUCUGUUUAUGAAAUUGAUCUUACUAAUAAAUCAUUGACAGAAGCAAAAGAUAAUUUAUUUAAAACCCAUUUCAAGAUUGACAGUAUAGAUGACGAUGAUGGUGAUGGCAAUGAUGGUGAAGAGGAUGAAUCAUCUAAUCAACAUUUAUUUGACCUAUGUGUGGUAUUUAUACCACCAGAUUUAGCUCGCUUUCCUUCUUUUCUUAUUAAAACAAUGCAAGAACUACAAAAAUUUGUAACCUUAUUACCUAUAAUUAGUUUGUACGGUCAAGAGUUAAUAUUUAAUCAUGAAAAGGAUCAAAAACGUAAAGAUAUAUUAAGGCAUUUAGAAAACAAUAAAAUAGAAAUGUUUGUAUGGAGAGCUGAUAAUAUGGCUGAGGAUUUAGACAAGAAGGGAAAACCAACUGGCAAAUUUAUUGAAACAAAUUAUUCAAACAAACUAUUAACAAUUGAUGAUUUCUCAAUGUUAAGUUCAGAAAAAGUUUACCAUGAUAUGCAAAUAUUAAGAGCUCGUGCAAUUCAAUUCAGAAAAGAGCAUAAAUCAAUGGCUGAGUUAAAAAAACGUAGCAAAAGAAUAGAUAAUAAAGUAAAAUUAGGAAGGAAAAUUAGUAUAGUGAUAACAGCAAUUUUGAUAGCAUAUCUUUCGAUAUUUAUUAUGGCAAAUUUUGCUCAGUGGACUCUAAUUCCUGCUGACCUUGCUAGUUCUUUAGGAACAGUAUCUAAAGCAAAUCUCGGGCAUGAUGAUGAUAUCAUUAUCAGUAAUAAUCAUAAUAUUAAUGAAUUUUUCUCUCAAUACAAAACUUUAUCAAAAUACAUCAGAAUCUGGCAAACAUCUUCCAAUAAAUUUGAAUUUGAUAUCAUUAAACCAUUUAAUAGCAAAAUAACCAAAGAACUCAAUGUCAUUUUAUAUUAUGAUAAACAAAAAUCAAUAAGAAAACAAGCAAAGAUUAUUGGCAAGAAUCACUAUUCAUUUGAAAUUAAUGGUGAAGAUAGUGCUAACAAUUCUAUUAAGAAAAAUGGAAGUAAAAUAUUGAUAAAAAUCGUUGAUAAAAAUGGAGUUGUCAUAAAAGAAUUUGAAUGGCCAAAGGAUAUAGAGAAACAAAAUAAUGAUAAAUCAAUAGAAUUGAAAAAAUUAAGUCAUAAAGCUCUUAAUAAAAAUGAAGAUAAUGGCAUUAUUAGCAAUAAAAAUAAUUACAAUUACUUAUAUGGAUUUGGAAGUGAGAACAGUGUUGUAAAUCUAGUAACCGAAGGAAUUCUAAUUAAUGUUAGAAAAGCUACAAGUUUAGCUGUUAAUUUAACACAAGAGACUUUUCUAUAUAUAAGUGAAAAUCUUAAAUUUUGGAUACCUUUUGCUUUUGAAAAAGUAAGGAACAUAUGGAACAUUUCUGAAAUUUUAGAAAAUGUUAAAUCAUGGUUUCA